GCCUCUGCUGCCCGACUGUUGAGAGUGUCUUCUUCCUGUGCUGCCGCUUCCGCUGCCUCUUCUGCUGCGGCCCUCUUUUCCUGUGUCUCCACCAUGACUCCCACCUCUGUUCAGAACCAUAGCCACAGCUCCCGUCUCAACCUUCCUUCCCUCGUUGCUCCCUCUGUGAAAGACCCUCUGUCGACAAAGAUCUCCAAUGUUUCCAUUGCCACCACUGCCAGCACUACCACCAAUGCAAACAAUCCUAGCAACACCGGCAUCGCCAAAAAUGCUGUUCUUCUAGUAAACAACCCCAAGUUAACCACUAAAAAUACCGCUAGCACCACAAUCAACAGCAUUUGUUCAAACAUAAGCGUUCCCUCAAAGAAGAAAAAAAAGGACUCCACGACAGGAAACCACACUGUUUUCAUUCACAAACUAUACGAUAUGUUGCAAGAUAGCUCAAUAUCGCAUCUCAUCUGGUGGUCCAGUGAUGGCAGAAGCUUCUUCAUUUCUCCCGGUGAACAUUUUUCUCAGGUUUUGGCGAGCUUCUUCAAACAUACCAAUGUUGCCAGUUUUGUUCGCCAGUUGAAUAUGUACGGUUUCCAUAAAAUCAAUGAAAAUUCUUCGGCUUCGACUCAAAACCAAUUGCAUAAUAAUACAAAUCUUAAAAAUCUUAAAAAUUUGAAAAAUGCCGAUAAUUCAAAAGAAGAUAUCAUUUCAAAAGACAAUACUAACUCCAAAGACAACCCAAAUCCAAAUGAAAAUAACAACAAAACUAGUUCAACCAUUGGGAUAUGGGAAUUCAGACAUGCCUCCGGUGUAUUCAAAAAAGGUGAUAUAAACGCUUUAAACACGAUAAAAAGAAGAACUUCAAAAAAUAUUCAAUCUCAACAAUUACAAUCAAUUAAAGACGAAAAUAAUAUCAUUUACGAUAAUAAUAAUAAUAAUAAUAACAAUAUCAACAACAUCAACCACAUUAUCAAUAACAUCAAUAAUAACAACAAUAAUAGUAGUAAUAAUAAUAACAACAAUAGUAAUAACAAUAAUGACCUUAUAUUAAAUCAAUCUCAAAACGAUUUGAAAACUAAUAUCCAGAAUUCAUCAACCACUAAUUUACUUCACUACAAUAACGAUAACUCUAUAUCUUCCUUAAACAACUCUAUGCUAUAUCAUAACAACAACAACAACAAUAAUAAUAAUAAUAAUAACAAUAACAAUAACAAUAACAAUAACAAUCAUAUAAAUGAAUCAUUCGACCUGCUAAAUCAAAAAUUUAACGACCUCAAAUCAACCGUAGACAAACUAAAAUACGAAAACAAUAUACUCCAAAAAAAAUAUCACGACUCAGUUAUAGACCUUAAAAAUACAAACCUCGACAUGGUAAAACUAUUAGAUAUCCUCCAAAACUCAAUCAAAUCCAAUCCAAAUCCAAUCCAGAAUUCAAAUUCAAUUCAUUCUUUUAACUCCUUCAACUCUCUAGAUCUGGACUUGCAAAAUUUCAAAUCUUCAAUAUUAAAAAGAACAAACAGCCAUUUCUUCCCUAAAACUAACCAAAACAAUCAAUAUCCUCAAAAUAACCAGUAUAAUCAAAUCCAAUUUCAACCCCCACCAAUCAUCAAAACUUCCUUUCAUAACAUCAAGUUUUCCUCAACAAAGGAAAGACAAAUGAGCAUAUUAUGCGAUCCUCUAGCCCAAAUUCCUGGCUACAACUCAACUCCAUCUCAAUCACAACCUUCAAACAACAACAUCAUCAAUAACAACAUCAAUAACUCCUUAGCUGGAAGUUUCCUAUCAAACCCUCCAAGCUCAAAGACUUCCAUCAAUUCCACUUUCAGCCUAUCAACUCCAAAUCUAGACUCUUCUGACAUUUCCUCAAUCAAGACAACUUCAAAUAAUAAAUUCAAAAAUAUAUCAAUUAUACAAAGAAAUCCCAGCGAUUUCAAUACAAGAUCCCCUUAUUCACCUCUAAUAAGUCCUGAUUCAAAUGACAAUGAUCAUCAAAACAUUCAUAACAAUAUCAAUAACAAUUUUUUAAAUAAAAGGGAUCAGGACUUCAAUUUUAAUAAUAAUAAAAACAGCAAUAAUAAUAAGAAUAGUAUCAGCUUUAGAGAAAGAAGACCAAUGUCUUAUCCACAGGUUUUGCCUGAAAUCCCAAGGUUAAUCCAUGAAUCUGACUCAAUAUCAUCGAGAAAGAGACACGCAUCUAAUGAUGUCUCAUUUGAUAGAUCUUCUAUCUAUUCAAACUCGAAUAGCAACUCAAUUUCAGCAAGUAUUGCCACUUUAAACGACAAUACAUCCUAUAGAAAACAAUCUUUUUUUUACAACUCUCCCAAAAAUUCUUUAACUUCUAAUAUUAGAAAUUCUAAUCUAACUUUAAUUACAGAUAAUAGUAAUAACAACAACACUGAUAACACUCUUAAUGGUUCUAACGAUAACGAUAAUCAAAAUAAGGAUGUCCAUAUAAACAACACUAGACAGAGUGCUGUCUACUCGCUUCUAAAUCCCUUAGUUGCCUCAUCACCGGAAGAUGUCUCAUUAACUGAUAAUCUAUCAGAAAACCUUGAACCUGAUGCCAAGAGAGGUCGUUUUGAAAAUUGAUAUAUCCUCGGAGUUUUUUGCACUAUCUAUAUACUAUUAUUUCUAUUUUCUUGUUUUUUUUUUCAGUUUUUUAAUGGAAAGAUUGGAUCUUGGGGUUUUUCUCGGUUAAAAAAUUUUUGUUGAUAGUUUAUUUAAAAGUUUAUUUACUAAUUGACUCA